AUGGCAAACCAAAACAGGAAUCAGAAUCAAAACAAGAGCCAAAAUCAGAACCCGAAUGCUAACAGAAAUCCAAACCCUGAAGAGGAUUUCGACUUGAGGGAGACCUCGCCGUCUCUCGGUGGUGGAAGGGUGUCCGGCAAUGACCGGGCUGGGACAGCGUUCGACCUGGUGGAGGAAAUGGACUAUCUGUAUGUGAGAGUGGUGAAGGCCAAGGAGGUGCCAGCAAAGGAUGGGAAUGGCAGCCCGAGCCCUUUUGUCGAAGUAAAACUUGGAGGGUUUAAGUCUGUUACUAAGCAUUUUAGUAAUGUGCCUCACCCGGAGUGGAAUCAAGUUUUUUCGAUCUUGACAGGUCGAAUUCAGGUUCCGCUUAUUGAGAUAUCGGUGAAGGAUAAAGAUAGAAGUGGUGAUGAUUUGGUCGGAAUGCUUUUAGUUGAUAUCGCUGAUGUUCCGAAAAGGGUUCCACCCGAUAGUCCUUUGGCCCCACAAUGGUAUAGGCUGGAGAAUGCAAAAGGCGAAAGGGUAACAGGAGAAUUGAUGCUAGCCGUUUGGUUGGGGACACAAGCGGACGAGGCAUUCCCAGAGGCUUGGCAAUUGGAUGCCUCCGCCAUUAGUGGCGAUGGUGUCACGACUAUUAAGUCCAAGGUGUAUUUGUCACCUAGACUAUGGUAUCUUAGAGUUAAUGUGAUAGAGGCUCAAGAAUUGCAACUUUGUGACAAGAAUAGGCAGCAGCCAGAGAUUUUUGUGAAGGCGUGUAUUGGGAGUAUGAUGUUGAGGACUAAAAUUUCUCAAAGCAGGAAUAUAUGUCCAUUAUGGAAUGAGGAUUUAAUGUUUGCUGUUGCAGAGCCGUUCGAGGAACAGUUGGUUGUGAGUGUGGAGGCCAAAAUUGGACCUAAUAAGGAUGAAUCUUUAGGCAAGUGCAUGAUUCCUUUACAGGGUGUAGAGAAGAGGUUGAAUUUCAGGCCCCCUGUUGGUAGGUGGUAUAAUCUAGACAAGCAUACAGUUUCGGGGGAUGGGAAGAGUAAUGUGACCAAGUUAAAUAGCAGGGUUCACUUGAGGAUCACUUUGGAUGGCGGGUACCACGUUCUUGACGAGUUAACACACUACAGUAGUGAUCUUAGGCCAACGGCUAAGCAGCUAUGGAAGCCUCCGAUUGGGGUGCUUGAAUUGGGAAUUUUAAACGCCAAAAAUCUGUCGCCAAUGAAGACUAAGGAUGGCCAAGGAAUGACAGAUGCUUAUUGUGUGGCCAAGUAUGGCCCAAAAUGGAUUAGGACAAGGACAAUUCUCAAUAGUUUUAAUCCAAUGUGGAAUGAGCAGUACACGUGGGAGGUUUUUGAUCCAUGUACUGUAAUAACAAUUGGUGUGUUUGACAAUUGCCAUUUACAAGGACAAAAUGGAGGAGUAAAUGAUUCAAGAAUUGGAAAGGUAAGGAUUCGGCUGUCUACACUCCAGACUGAUCGUGUUUACACUCAUUUGUACCCUCUUAUAGUGUUGUCGCCUUGUGGCAUGAAGAAGAUGGGUGAAAUUCAAUUGGCUGUGAGGUUUUCUUGUUGUUCAUUGUUCGACUUGCUACAAAUGUACGCGCAGCCAAUGUUGCCAAACCUUCAUUACCUUCACCCUCUCACUUGUCACCAGAUUGAUAGUUUGAGGUAUCAGGCUACUCAAAUUGUCUCCAUGAGGCUGAGCCGUGCAGAGCCGCCAUUAAGGAAAGAGGUAGUGGAGUAUAUGCUCGAUGUGGGCUCGAACAUGUGGAGCAUAAGAAGAAGCAAAGCCAAUCAUUAUAGAAUUGCUGGGAUCCUAUCUGGCUUCAUAGCAUUUUGCAAAUGGUUUGAACAGGUUUGCACUUGGAAGAACCCUUUCAUUACAAUCCUUGUUCACAUCUUGUUCCUGACAUUGGUCUGUUUUCCAUGGAUGAUUUUAAGCACUAUAUUUCUAUACAUUUUCUUGAUUGGAACAUGGAAUUACCGAGGGAGGCCUAGACAUCCUCCUUACAUGGACAUUAGGUUAUCUCAAGCCGAUACAGCACACAAUGAUGAACUAGAUGAAGAGUUCGAUACUUUCCCAACAUCUCAAAAGAACAAUGAUGUUGUAAAAAUGAGAUAUGACAGGCUAAGAGUUGUUGCUUCGAGGGUUCAAACUGUUGCUGGGGACUUGGCUACUCAGGGAGAGAGGUUUUAUAAUCUACUAAGCUGGAGAGAUCCAAGAGCUACGGCUUUGUUUCUCAUCUUCUGUUUAAUUGCUUCUAUCGUACUGUAUGUAACACCUCCCAAAGCUGUGGUUAUCAUCAUCGGGUUUUACGCAAUGAGGCAUCCUAGGUUUCGCGACCAGCUUCCCUGCUAUCCUAUAAGUUUCUUGAGGAGAUUGCCUGCAAGAACUGAUAGCCUGUUGUGA